AUGCGAUCGUUAACGAACCUGAGUCUCUCACUUCUCCUUCUUCUCCUCCUUUUCACUCACACACGCAUGGUCGUUGGCUCUGAUGAAGUGGAGUCACAACGCCUGGAGUCAGGACAAGUUGAGGAAGUCGAUGUUGAACCGGUUGAUGCAGCGAAUUCGAUGUUGGGAAGCGGUGGCGACCACCUCGCAGACCACGACCAGGAAGACCACGACCUUGGAGACCGCGACCAAGACGUCCACAGUUUUUCCUACCUGUAUAUAAACACCCAAAAUAGUCAGUCCUAUCGAAUCGCGUUUGCCUUCCAUGUUUUAUCUGUUCACAACAUAGCUGAACACGCACACAUGCUGUUCUUCCGAGUGAAACGUCGUAAGAACCACGUCGAUGUGCUACUAAAACAAAUACCUACACUCACCGUGAGCAUGAUUUCAAUCGCCAGCACUUGCUUGAAUUCCGUAUUUGGGCUAAAGCUGCGACAUGUCGAAGUGCAUGAAACGCACCGCAAUCGCAAUGACCCACAUAGUGAUGCGGAUUGA